AUGCGGACUGAAUUGGGGCCCCUGGCCGAGCGAGACCCGCCACCUGACUUGACACCUCUACAGCCGAUCUCUUAUUCAGCAUUGUUUUGGAUGGAGCAUUUCAGAAGCUCGGCAUUGGACACGAGUUCUGAUGUGGCUAUGCAAGAGAAGGCUGCCGAUAUUGUGUACAAUUUUGUCCAUGCAAAGUAUAUUUACUGGUUGGAGGCCCUCAGUCUGCUGAAGGGUUUGUCCAACCUGGUGAAGCCUUUGCGAGAGCUGACCAGAUUCAUGGCAAGUCUCAAUUUGGAGCAACAUCAGAACCUACUACAUGACGCAACCCGCUUCUUGUUGGCACAUAAAUCCAGCAUCGAGGUCGCGCCGAUGCAGGUUUACGAUCCUGCACUUUUGCUAAGCCCGUCUAGAAGUCUCAUCAGGGAAAUUUUCAGCGACAAAGGCGAAGAGCCCGAGUGGUUGACAAUAGAACGCGGAGUUGAAGAGAACUGGGACGUGUCUGCUUUGACCUUUGAAGGUCAUAAGAGUGACGUGAGAUGUGUUGCGUAUUCACAUGACAGUCAGCGCCUGGCUUCAGGUUCCGAGGACGGCAUAAUUAAGAUUUGGGACUCCAGCACUGGAGACUGUCUAUUGACAAUUGAAAGCCAGACGGGCGAGCUGCUGACUGUGGCCUUCUCCCACGACAGCCGGCAACUAGUUUCAUAUUGCAACGACAAACCGAUCCCAUUGGACAGCAAACCGGGAAGAGGUGCAAUCAGCAUAUGGGAAACAAGCACUGGCCGCAUGCGUUUCAGAAUACCGACCGGAGAUGAUUGGGAUAUGAUAUCGCCGAUCAUUUUCUCCCACGAUAGCCAGAGGCUCACUUUAAAAUCUCUGACCACACUGCAUAUCCGGGACGUCCACACGGGCGAUUGUCUGGAAAAGGUUUGA